AUGAUGGAAGCAACCACGGCUGGCAGGCAAAGCCUAAGGCACGAGAUGGGACGGGACGGGGGAUUUGACCCGGAGUGCAGGUGGAAACUGAGGAAAAGCGGGGCCUGCGCGAGAAAGGCCAGGAGGAGGAGUGGGCGGGGCCAAGGGGACGUCGACGCCGCGUCAAGGCCACACCCCCCUCGCGCCCCUCGGGGUGACGUCACUUCUGAGGAGGAGGAGGAGGAGGAGGAGGAGGGACCCAGGGAGCAAGGCCUCGCCGGCCGCGCGGUGCAAGGACGCCCGGAAGGAGAACCGGACGAGGAGGGAGGGAGGAAGGAAGGAAGGAAGAACCUGAGCGGAGGAAGAGGAGGAGGAAGGAGAACAAGGAGAAGAAGGAGAAAAGGGGAAGGAAGCAGGGCGAGGAGGAGGAGGAGGAGAGAGAUCUGCAGCCCAUGGCGACCCUCUUGGCGGCCUCCCGCCUCCCCGGCGACCCCUGGUCCAGCUGGCCAUCCAGGCCCCCAAACGCAAGGAAGCUGCUGCCAUUGCCCUGCGGCCCCCCCUGCAGCUCUGCCUCUCUGCCUCCCCCCACUCCACCUGCAGGGACGGCGCUCCUACACCACCACCACCGAAGUGGAAAAGAUCGGGGAGCGUGGUGUCCUGAUCACCGGCUGCGACUCCGGCUUUGGCUUUGCGCUGGCCAAGCAUCUCCACGAGAGGGGCUUCAUCAUCUACGCCGGGUGCCUCCUCAAGGAACAAGGCCGGGGGGGCUCCAAGGAACUGGACGACAUGAAGAGUGACCGCAUGCGGACCGUCCAGCUCAACGUCUGCGACAGUGAAGAAGUGGGGCGUGCCGUGGACCACGUGACUGCGACCAUGAAGGACGAGGCUGGGCUCUGGGGCCUGGUGAACAACGCGGGGAUCUCCACCUUCGGGGAAGUCGAGUUCACCAGCAUGGACACCUACAAGGAGGUGGCCGAAGUGAACCUGUGGGGCACCAUCCGCACCACCAAGUCCUUCCUGCCCCUCAUCCGCAGAGCCAAAGGCCGCGUGGUGAACAUCAGCAGCAUGAUGGGGCGCAUGGCCAACCCGGCGCGCUCGCCCUACUGCAUCACCAAGUUCGGGGUGGAGGCCUUCUCCGACUGCCUGCGCUACGAGAUGCGCCCUCAUGACGUCAAGGUGUGCAUCGUGGAGCCGGGCAACUUCAUCGCGGGCACCAGCCUCUACAGCCCCGAACGCAUCCAGGCCAUCGCCGACAAGAUGUGGGACGAGCUGCCGGAGAUCGUGCGGCGCGACUAUGGGCGGAAGUACUUUGACGAGCAGAUCGCCAAGAUGGAGUCGUACUGCAACAGCGGCUCGGCCGACACCUCCCCGGUCAUCGACAGCAUCACCCACGCCCUGACCUCCACCACCCCCUACACCCGCUACCACCCCAUGGACUACUACUGGUGGCUGCGCAUGCAGGUCAUGACCCACAUGCCCGCCGCCAUCUCCGACCGCCUCUACAUCUACUGAGCCAGGAGGGGUCGAGGGGAGGGGAGGGGGCUGGGGGCACUCCCCCCAUCACCACCGGGAGGGGAAGCCCCUUGGGCGGGCAGGAGGCGCGCUCCCUGUAGUCUCACUCCAUUAGUUGGGGCUCCACUUACUGUACUGUAGGCUAAGAGAGUCAUUAAUUUAACCUGGUGUAAUAAUUUAACCCUUUGCAUGGUGUGUCUGUCUCAUGGGCAGGGAGCAGCCCCCUCCUCUCUAAGGGGGGGGUGGUCCCGGCUCAGUGCCCAUCUUCUCUAUUUAUUUGGGGCACUCCCCCCCAAUGUGCCCUUCUCUCUGGAGACAACUAUGACUGGGAGGCUGUGGUCCAGAGACCCUCCCCUUUUCCUCCUUUGCACACACACUCCAGGGGGAGGGGCUCUGCAGCGGACCCUUUGCACUUGCCCCCCUUGCUGUCCCUCGUGGGCUCAUUCCUGUGGCAGCUCCGUGAGAACCGUCCACUCCUGCCCACUGGGGCACCAGGCGCAGGGUCACCGAGGUCGGAGUAAUGGCCGGCCAGAGGGAUGGGGGGAGGGGGCCCAGUUGUGGGGGGUACUCUCUGCACCCCCUCCCUUCCCUUCCCAUUGUCCACAUCGGCCACAACAAACCAACGCACAUUGGAGGAACAAAAUGCCACGAGCCUCCUGGUGGCAUUUAGGGUGGGGGGUUAGGGGAGGGAGACGGGGGGGAGGGCCUUGAGUAGCGACCUUUGGGAAAGGGAAGGGCUGCCCCCCCCCCCCCGGUCCUCCGUGGUUCCUCCUGCCCACAAGUGCAGGGACCGAUCCUUUAUUUUAAUUGUAGUUUUUGGUAAGAAAAGGCCACAAGGAAAUAUUUUUGUGAUGCUUCAGAGGUCAAGGAAAGGGUCACUGGAAAAGGGCUUUGGAAAUAUUUGUGAAAUAGGGGGAUUGGGGCUGGGGGAGGGGAGUGUGCGGCGGGGGCACGGCUUCACCCCCUUGACAAGCUGUUACAAAUCGGGAACGAGUCUGUGAUCAAAUAUUUUCUGCCUCCUUGAGUAACAUUAAACGACAGUGACGAA